AUGGGCGGGCCCCUGGCCUUACUGGCUGCACUCUGGGCGCUAGAGGCUGCUGGAGACGCGGCGCUGCGCAUCGGAGCUUUCAACAUCCGGAGCUUCGGCAACAGCAAAGUGUCGGACCCAGCCGGCAGCGGCAUCAUCGCGCAAAUCCUGGCUGGCUAUGACAUCACGCUGGUGCAGGAGGUGCGGGACUCCGACCUGAGCGCCGUAUCCGCGCUCAUGGAGCUGAUCAACAGCGUGUCCAGGCACGAGUACAGCUUCGUGAGCAGUAAGCCCCUGAGUCGGGACCAGUAUAAGGAAACAUACCUGUUCGUCUACAGGAAGGACACGGUGUCAGUUGUGGACACGUACCAGUACCUGGACCCGGAGGACGCCUUCAGUCGUGAGCCUUUCGUGGUCAAGUUCUGGGCACCCGGGUCAGCUGCCGAGGAGUUAGUGUUGAUUCCGCUGCACGCGGCGCCGCACGAAGCUGUAGCCGAGAUCGACGCGCUCUACGAUGUGUACCUGAACGUGAUAGACAAGUGGGGCACCUACGACAUGUUGUUUCUGGGCGACUUUAACGCCGACUGCAGCUACGUGCAGGCUCAGGACUGGCCGGCCAUCCGCCUGCGCAGCAGCGAGGUCUUCAAGUGGCUCAUCCCGAACAGCGCCGACACCACGGUGGGCAACUCAGACUGUGCUUACGACUGCAUCGUGGUCUGUGGUGCCCGCCUGCGCAGCAGUCUGAAGCCCCAGUUGGCCGCCGUAUAAGACUUCCAGGAGGAAUUCGGCCUGUACCAGGCUCAGGCCCUGGCCAUCAGUGACCAUUUUCCUGUGGAGGUGACCCAUCAAGUCCCACUGACAGCCCUGAAGCCUGGCCAGGGCAGGCUGCCUGCAGACUCUGGCCACAAGGAGGAAGCCCCACAGGGCUGCAGGCCUGCAGGUCACUCACAGGCACUUGUGUACGAGGGUCCUUUCCUACCCAGCACUGCAGUUGGCGGGGGUGGGGGGGGAGGUCAAGAAGGCUGGCCCCCUGCAACCAGCCGGCUGGCGGCGCUGGGACAUGUGGAGAGCCUCCUCACUGAGGAGACACUCAACGGUGACAUCGCUGAGGUCCAGAAGGGUGCCAUCUACCAGUUUAUGAUUCCCAAAUCAAGACACUGCUUGCCAGCUGUGCCCAUCUGCCCACCCGCCAGGCACAAAGGGUACUCGUGA